AUGGCACCUCGCGUCGCCGUCUCAUUCUCCUCUUCCCUCCUCCUCCGCCCAAAGAUACCAACAACAAUCUCAGCAAUACGCCCUCUUUCUCCUCCUCCACUAGCUUGGCGAGUCUCAGUCCGCACCAGCGUCACAGUGGGCACAAGCGCCGAAGGGGGCGCCAUCAACAUCCAACAAGUGCCCGCGCCGGGUUCUGGCUACAUCCGUGUAUUGCUGCUCAACCGACCCAAGGCCCGGAAUGCGAUUUCCAAGGAGUUGCUAAACACGCUACGGUUUCAUGUCGAUUCGAUUGCGGCUGAGCAUGGCAAUGGGCCGACCAGGGCGUUGGUAAUUGCGAGUAAUACGGAUUCGGCGUUUUGCGCGGGCGCGGAUUUGAAGGAGAGGAAGGAUAUGAGCAAGGAAGAGACAAACGCAUUUCUCGCAAAACUACGCGGCACAUUCGCCAAACUAGAAUCGCUCCCGGUGCCUACGAUAUCGGCUAUCUCAUCGGUGGCUCUGGGCGGCGGUCUAGAACUUGCGCUGUGCACAAAUCUACGUGUCUUUGGGUCGUCGAGCGUGGUCGGUUUGCCCGAGACGCGGCUUGCCAUCAUCCCUGGAGCCGGCGGUACUUACAGGUUGCCUGGACUGAUCGGCCCCAGUCGAGCGCGCGAUCUAAUCCUAACCGGACGCAAAGUGUCGGGCGCUGAGGCGUAUUUCAUCGGGCUCUGCAAUCGCCUCAUCGAAGUGACUCCAGAGGAAGAAGCGCAGGAAGGUGUUGCCCGGACCAAGGUGCUCCACGAGGGUGUCAAGCUGGCGCUGGAUAUCUGCGAGGGUGGGCCGAUUGCUAUCAAGCAGGCGAUGCAGGCCGUGGAUCAGUUUGAAAAGGGCGAAGAGGCUGAGAACGAGGCGUACGCGGGCGUCGUCGACACGGACGACCGGCUUGAGGCUCUGCUGGCUUUUGCAGAGAAGCGCAAGCCUGUGUACAGGGGGCGGUAG